UAACAAUAGCAACAAAAAAUUACGACUUAAUUACACAGUGGCUUAUGGUGAAAUGCAUAGAGAUAAAUUAUAAGGGAGGGGGGCAUGAAGUGUCCGGGCGCCUUACGCUGAAGUGACGAAACUUAACACUGUUGUAAAAUGUCUUAUUACAAACCUUGACGUCAGAAAUACCUAAAACAGGCUAUUUUCCUCUUUUCUUUAACGAUAAUUAUUAUUUUUGACGUGUUAAUGAUGCAACGUUAUUGAUUCCUGCUAGAUUUGUGGACUAUAUAUUAAAUAAUUGACUUAAUACUAAAAAUAAUUUUAGUAACAUCGCAAAGAUCGAAAAUGAUGUCACAUCUGCAAGAAAGUUGAUAUUUUAAAGAUAUAUAAAAAAAAUUCCAGAAGUAUUGACACUUAUGUCAUUAAACCUAUUCAAAUUUAAAGAUUUCAUUGAAGAUGGUAUGUACAUACAACUUCAAGUAUGCUUUUUCAAUAUUGACAGUUGUUUCACUUGUUCCACUCACCUACUACAUCAAGGAUUGGUAUCUUACCAUGUCAUGGGGCAAUACGCACGAGGUAUCGUUUAUAAAAAGUACACAUGAUGUGUAUUCGCAGCACAGAAAUUGCAACUCUCUCACCAUAGAUGAAUUGAUCCACGGUGAAUGGAUUCCACGUGAGAACCUAACAGCAGAGUAUGUGAAAGGAGUACAUGCUAUGAAUAAUUAUGUGAGAGAGAAACGUGGCAUAAAAAGUCUAAUUAAUCUUCGUACUGAUGGCAAAUGUGGGAUGAAAUAUCCUAUCAAUGGUUAUCAAAGUCAGUGUGUAGCAAACUCGACCAAACCAUGUUGUAGCGAGCAAAAAAAUAAAUGUGGAAAUGGUCCCGAAUACUGCAAAUGCCUUCCGGAUUGCACAGAUUAUUCAAAUCAAAUAAAUCCAGAAUUAAUGAAAUGGAACGAAACCUUUUGUCCCUUAGAUAACUUUACGUCAUUAUCAACAUGUGAUUUCCUACAAGAAAGAUAUUCGUCAAUCACAUUUAUUGGCGAUUCCCUUGUAAGGCAUAUGUUUCAAGCCUUUAUGAUACAUGUAACUGAUGAUGCCGCAUAUGGUUCAAUGAACUAUAAUCUCACAAGAGAACAGCUCAAUCCUUGCAAAAAUGAAAUGCAAUUUUCUGAAACAGGUUGUCGUCUGAAAUUAGCACUCAAAUGGCGAGAUGUAAUUAACAAUCCAAUGUACUGUAGAUAUGCCAAAAAGAAAAUAAAAUCGAGUUUUUUUACUGCUAGCGUCAUCAAACACUUACCAGACGUUUUAAAGAUUAUUGACGAACGUUUAUUAAAAGAACGUCCAUUGUUUUUGGUGUACGUUGGUGGACAUGACAAUUUUCAAGCUGAAAAGACAUGGAAGUAUUUUUUAACGCCAUUAAUUGACCAUUUAGUUAAAAAUAAAAUCAGAAAGCCUUCCUUUCUUUGGCUAGGCGGAAACACUAAUGGACCAUUAAAGUUAGUGCAAUAUUCUAAGAACCAAGGCUCUAGAAAGGCGUUUGAUUAUAUACAAGUACUGUCAAAAAAGCUAGCAGAGAAAGGUCUUGCGCUGUAUGACUUUUUUCCGAUGACAAAAGAUGUUUACAGUUUCGACGGUACUCAUUUUGGAUCAACAUUGAAUGGCAUGAAAGUUAAAAUGUUAAUGAAACUGUUGAGGUAUAACUCGUUUGAAGUGCGGUAAUAAAAACCAGAAUGACACUAUUCCAAUCCUGAUUGGAUGAGAAGGUGGGAAGAUUGAACAGCAGCUUGUAGUUCUUUUCCGUAGCUUUUGAUUGAUUUAAACAAUUUUAUUUAUGUUUGUCAUAAAGAUUUUAUUUAUAUAUUUAGACGUGUAAGUAUACUUUACACUAGGUACACUCGAGUCUCCAACAGAACUCUCACUAUUAAUUUUUUUAUUAAUUUUUUCAGCUAGGACGACAUCCUUAUUUCACACACCCCUACUUUUAAUAUUUCACGUUUUUGCCACCCAGGACAAUACGAAUGUUGUGAAGGUUAUAAACGCCUAAUGAACGCCUUCCAUCUUCUGUCCCCUUUUCUGACUAUUUCAGUACUAUUAAUAUUUCAGAAACUUUUCACCCACCCACUACUAUUCCGCUCCCCUUCCCACACACUAUUAGAGACGCAAGAAUAUGGAAAGAACAGGAUAAUAGAGAUUAAAAUACAAAAACAUCCAUCUGAACUAAGGGAAUAACAAAGCAGUGGCUAGGAAAAAGAGAAAUACGCUACAGUUUAUUUUAUUGGUAUUUAGUUACUUCAAAGUUCUCUUGGAAAAAUUGUUUUUUCACAAAAAAUUCACACAAAAAAUUCACGUAAGAUGAAUACUCAUCUUCUGUAAAAGAGCACACGCUUUUGCGAAAACAUUGUUGUAAAACCAGCAACUCGCAAUUAACCACCAGCUUUAAUUAACAAAGACACACGUCAAUACUGAUUGUGAUAUACAAACCAUGUCGACUUUGCGCAUAAUCACGCCUUGCAAACUCGAUAACAGUUCUUUAUGAAACAGUACUGGCACUACUUUUAAAAUCUCUCGAUAAAACACCAUCUUAGCACAAAUGUGCUAAUUGACACCUUCGUGCCUAGUGCUAUUUACAAAUUUGCGUUGAAAAAUAAUAAAUACUCAACUGCAUAACCUGGACUGUAAUAAAUCUAAUUAACUUACAUUUUUGCUUUAUGCUUUGAGAACAAAAGCCCACUAAAUCACCUGGCAUUGUAGGGAAAACAAAAAGACUGUUUGUCAGUGGUAGAAAACAACAGAGUAAAAACACACCAAAAUCCCUCGAUGCAAUAAUGGACUUCGAAUUGGAGGAUAUGAAUAUAACGGAAUUCCCGUUUCAAAUUGAAGUACUAUAGACGCCUCCUCUAAACACACCAUCUACAUCAACUAAAACAACAACCUCAACAACAAUGGCAACCAACAAAAUAGAACCUGUACACCCGCCAUUGAUAAAUAAUAUUGGACCUGGCAACAACCUUGGCAAUUCGACAACAAAACCUAAAGGUGGAAAUGAGAUCGAACGUUCCAUUUCAAUGUCGACUUUAAAGGUUUCAUCAACAACCAACCUUGAAGCACAAAAAAAGUACAAUAAAUCCACAAACAAAUACCAUCA